AUGUCCAUAGAUAUUAACUGGGAGGCCGCUACCUCGGGCCCAGAUGGCGAAGCCCUCGCAGAGCGUAUCCGAUCCUUCGUCCACGACAAGUUCCAGCAAAUUGCCCUCCCUCGGUUCAUCCGCUCUGUGGAGGUAAACUCUUUCGAUUUCGGCACGAUCAGCCCUGAGCUCCAGAUAAAGGAACUAUGCGACCCGUUUGAAGAUUUUUACGAGGAAGACGAGGAAGAUGGAUAUGUCUCGAGUGACUCGGACGGAUCCCCCACGAAUCCAGUAUCAAACCCCCAGGACGCUAGGAGCGGAGAGGCGCCAUGGCAGGCGGAACAUCCACGAUUAUUUGGCCAGCAAUCGCCAGGAAAGGUAGGGUCUCAUGAUGCUCCAGCUUCUUCAAGAGGGGAUACUGUGACCUCAGGGUCAUUGCGGCCUCCCAUGCCCUUUGGGGAGCCAUUGAAUUCUUACUUCUUCCCUCGAGCCGGUACACCGGGAAUUCCAGGUGGCACAUCCAAUCUGGGCUAUUACAUGCCGCUAGGCGGGAUAUCUGGCACGCAAACGCCUCUUCCUCGUGGGCCCUUCUCUCCCGGUCUACGCGACUCUUCUGUGUUUGGAGACAUCUCGAGCUUGCAAGGACGUGAUAUGUCUCGAUUUACGCGUCGUGAAUCCGAUGAUAUUGAUUCCAAAAAUUCUAGACCCUCGACGUCUGCCACGUUGGACUCACAUCAGUCCCAUAAUAUCUCGGAUACCCCUUUGCGUCGCAGUCCCCGUCCCCAGUCAUCCAACGAAUCACGGCCAGCGACUCCCCCUGAUAGGGAAAGCAGCCCCCCUCCACGACGGAUGCAGGAGAAAAAUCCCGAAGAUCUUCAAGUUCUUUGCCGAAUGAAAUACAAUGGGAAUAUACAAAUAUCCCUGACUGCUCAGGUCCUACUUGAUUAUCCUAUGCCCAAUUUCCUGGGUCUGCCGUUAAAGCUAAACAUAACUGGCCUCACGUUUGAUGGGGUCGCCGUUGUAGCAUACAUAAGAAAGCGUGUACAUUUCUGUUUUCUGUCUCAAGAGGAUGCAGAUACGCUCAUUGGCACGGACGAUAACACAGGAGCUGGAAGUAUGCAAACCAGAAACUCCUUUUCGGGGGAAUCUGAUGGUGCUGUUCCCUCUUCUAGACGACGAGAUGACAGCCUGCUUCGUGACAUUCGGGUUGAAAGCGAAAUUGGUCGGAAAGAGGAUGGAAAACAAGUAUUAAAGAAUGUAGGCAAGGUUGAAAGAUUUGUCCUUGAGCAAGUUCGUCGCAUAUUCGAGGAGGAAUUCGUCUAUCCUAGUUUUUGGACGUUUCUCAUUUAG